AUGGCAUGGCGUGUUUUAUUAACUGCAUUAAAUCGAAUUGAAAAUUCUGAUGGUCAAGCACAUAUUAUUGACCCAAAAGCAAUAUCGAAAGAUGAUCUUUAUGGAUAUAUGGAUCAAAAUACACGAGAAUGGACAGAUGGAUUAUUUACACAUAUUUUACGUAAAAUAAUUGAUAAUGUACGCGGUGAAUUAUCUAAACGUCAAUGGAUUAUAUUUGAUGGUGACGUUGAUCCUGAAUGGGUUGAAAAUUUAAAUUCAGUUCUUGAUGAUAAUAAAUUAUUAACACUACCCAAUGGUGAACGUCUUGCUUUACCAGCCAAUGUUCGAGUGAUGUUUGAAGUUCAAGAUUUACGUCAUGCAACAUUAGCAACAGUUUCUCGUACAGGCAUGGUUUGGUUUAACCAACAAACAGUUACAUCAGCUAUGUUACUUCAAUAUUAUUUAAAUCGUAUUCGACAAGAAUCUGUUUUUGAUAUUAUUAAUCAAGAUGAUCCAAAUAGUAAAGAUAAUGUUAUGCAAUCAUCAGAAGAAAAUAAAACAAGUAUAUUAGAAAUACAAAAUCAUUUAGCUGAUUUAUUAGAACCUUAUUGUGACAAAGAAAAUGGAUUGAUUCUUGAUACAUUAGAAUUUGCACAAGAAAAACAAGUACAUAUUAUGGAUUUUUUACCAUCUCGAUGUUUACAAGCACUCUUUUCGAUGCUUAAUCAUAUUAUACGUACGAUUAUCAAACGACAAUUAUUUUCUGUUGAUCGAGCAACACCAUUGAACGAAAAACAAAUCGAACAAUAUCUUAUUAAAUCAUUGAUUAUUUCAAUGAUUUGGUCAUUUUCAGGUGAUGGUAAAUUAAAAUAUCGACAACAAUUAGGUGAAUUUAUUAUGAAUACAAUUAAAAAUCAUAACAUAUCAUCACCAACUGAUAAAAGUUUACCCAUAAUUGAUUUUGAAGUUAAUUCUGAAGGUGAAUGGGAAUCUUGGCUAUUAAAAGUUCCAUUAGUUGAACUUGAAGGAAGUAAAGUUGAUGCAAGUGAUUUAGUUAUACCUACUAUAGAUACGAUUCGACAUGAAACUCUUCUUUAUACAUGGCUUAAUGAACAUAAACCUCUUCUUCUCUGUGGUCCACCUGGAAGUGGUAAAACAAUGACAUUAUUCAGUGCACUUCGUUCAUUACCAGCGUGUGAAGUUGUUGGUUUAAACUUUUCUUCUGCUACAACACCUGAAUUAAUUCUAAAAACAUUUGCACAUUAUUGUGAAUAUAAGAAAACGGCAACAUCUGGUGUUGUUCUUGCUCCAAGUCAAUUAGGCAAAUGGAUUAUUGUAUUUUGUGAUGAAAUUAAUUUACCUGAUGAAGAUAAAUAUGGUACACAAAGAGUUAUUGCAUUUUUAAGACAAUGUAUUGAACAUGGAGGAUUUUAUCGUACAUCAGAUCAUACAUGGAUACAUUUAGAAAGAAUACAAUUUGUUGGUGCUUGUAAUCCACCAACUGAUCCUGGAAGAAAACCAUUAUCACAUAGAUUUUUACGUCACUGUCCAUUAAUUUAUGUGGAUUAUCCGGGUGAAAUAUCUUUGAAACAAAUUUAUGGUACAUUCAAUCGAGCAAUGUUAAAGAAAUUUAAUAAUAUUAAAUCAUAUAGUGAUGCAUUAACAAAUGCUAUGGUAGAAUUCUUUCUUAUGACACAAGAACAAUUUACUGUUGAUCAACAACCUCAUUAUGUUUAUUCACCACGAGAGAUGACUCGAUGGGUUCGAGGUAUCAAUGAGGCAAUUCGUAAUGUACAAGAGUUAAAUGCAGAAGAAUUGGUUCGAUUAUGGGCACAUGAAGCUUUACGUUUAUUUCAUGAUCGUUUGAUCUAUGAUUAUGAACGUCAAUGGACAGAAAAAGCAAUUGAUGAUACAGCUGCUAGACAUUUUAGCAAUGUUAAUUUGAAUGUUGCAUUAAAACGACCCAUUUUAUUUAGUGAUUGGCUUGCUGGACAUUAUGCAUCAAUUGAUGAAGAUGAUUUACGACAAUAUAUUCAAGAACGAUUGAAAACUUAUUAUGAAGAAGAAGUAGGAAUUCAAUUAGUAUUAUUUAAUCAAGUACUUGAUCAAGUAUUAAGAAUUGAUCGAGUAUUUCGACAACCACAAGGUCAUUUAUUACUUAUUGGUUUAUCAGGUACAGGUAAAGCAACUCUAUGUCGAUUUGUUUCAUGGCUUAAUCAAAUUAAUUUUGUUCAACUAAAAGUACAUAAUAAAUAUACUGCCGCUGAUUUUGAUGACGAUUUACGUCAUUUAUUACGUCGUUCAGGUUGUAAAGGAGAUAAAAUUGUUUUUCUACUUGAUGAAUCAAAUGUAAUGGAUAGUAGUUUUCUUGAACGAAUGAAUACUUUAUUAGCCAAUGGCGAAGUACCUGGUUUAUUCGAAGGUGAUGAAUAUUCAGCAUUAUUAACUUUAUGUAAAGAAGGUGCACAAAGACAAGGUCUUAUGUUAGAUUCCAAUGAUGAAUUAUAUAAAUGGUUUACUAUACAAGUGAUGAGAAAUCUUCAUGUUGUUUUUACAAUGAAUCCAAGUGCAAAUGGUUUACGUGAUCGAGCAUCAACAUCUCCUGCUUUAUUUAAUCGUUGUGUACUUGAUUGGCUUGGUGAUUGGUCUUUGGAUGCAUAUUAUCAUGUUGCUAGUGAAUUAACUCAAAAAGUUGAUAUGAAAAAUGCUGAUUAUAUUGCUCCGAAAACAUUAUCUCGUCUGGUAGCUAGUUUACCAAUGGAACCAACUUAUCGUGAUGUAAUUCAUAAUGCAUUUGUUUUUGUUCAUCAAUCAUUACAUAAAUUAAAUGAUACAUUACGUAAAAAAGGUUCAACAAAUAAGACAAUUGUUAUUACUCCAAGUCAUUUUUUGGAUGCAAUUCAACAUUUUACUAAAAUUACAGCAGAAAAACGAACCGAAAUUGAAGAAACUCGUCAACAUUUAAUGGUUGGUCUUGCAAAAAUUCAUGAAACUGUUGUUCAAGUUGAACAAUUACAAACAUCAUUGGCACAUAAACGAAAAGAAUUAAAUGAUAAAAAUGAAGAAGCUAAUAUGAAAUUAAAACAAAUGGUUCAUGAUCAACAAGAAGCUGAAAAGAAACGUAUUAGUUCACAAGAAUUACAAAUUGUUUUAACUCAACAACAAGAGCAAAUAGUUGAAAAACGAAAAACAGUUAUGGAAGAUUUAGAUAAAGUUGAACCAGCUGUUCAAGAUGCUCAGCAAGCUGUCAAAUCGAUUAAAAAACAAAAUUUAGUUGAAAUAAAAAAUUUAAAUAAUCCACCACAAGGUGUUAAAUUAACACUUGAAUCCAUAUGUUUAUUACUUGGCGAAGAAACAAAUGAUUGGAAAUCUAUUCGUAGUAUAAUCAUGCGUGAAAAUUUCAUUUCAACUAUUGUUAAUUUUAAUACUGAUGAUAUUACACCAGCUAUUGCAAAUAAAAUGAAAACAAAAUAUCUUAGUAAUCCUGAUUAUUCGUAUGAUAAAGUAAAUCGUGCAUCAGUUGCAUGUGGUCCAUUAGUUAAAUGGGCAACAGCCCAAUUAACAUAUGCUGAUAUGUUAAGUAAAGUUGAACCAUUAAGAAAUGAAUUAAAAAGUUUAGAAAAAGAAGCUGAAAAAAAAGUUAAUGAAAUGCAACAAACAAAUGAUUUAAUAGCAACACUUGAAACAAGUAUUUUACGAUAUAAAACAGAAUAUGCCGAUUUAAUAUCAGCUGCACAAGCAAUUAAAAUCGAUUUAUCACAUGUUGAAUCUAAAGUUGAACGAUCAAUUGCAUUAAUUAAAAAUUUAAGUUUAGAAAAAAUGCGUUGGGAAACAACAAGUGAAAAUUAUCAAACACAAUUAGCAACAUUGAUUGGUGAUGGAUUUUUAAUUUCAACAUUUUUAGCUUAUACCGGUUAUUUUGAUCAAAUGACAAGACAAAUACUUUUUCAACAAUGGCAAAAUUAUUUCAAUCAAGCUAAAAUACCAUAUAAACAUGAUUUAGCUCGUGUUGAAUAUGUAUCAAGUGCUGAUGAAAGACUUCGAUGGGAAGUGAAUAUGUUACCAAGUGAUGAUUUAUGUCGAGAAAAUGCUGUUAUGCUGAAACGUUUUACUCGUUAUCCAUUGAUUAUUGACCCGAGUGGUCAAGCUUUGGAAUUUCUUCAUCGAGAAUAUCAAGAAAAAAAUAUUCUUCAAACAAGUUUUAUGGAUGGAAAUUUUCGUAAACAAUUAGAAAGUGCACUUCGUUUUGGUACAACAUUAUUUAUACAUGAUGCUGAAAAUUUUGAUCCAUUAAUUAAUCCUGUUCUUAAUCGUGAUCUUCGACGAACAGCUGGACGUGUUCUUAUUACAAUUAGUGAUAAAGAUAUUGAUUUUUCACCAACAUUUCGAAUGUUUCUAUUUACACGUGAUUCUGAUGCGGAAUUUGGACCUGAUAUAUGUUCACGUGUAACAUUUGUUAAUUUUACAGUAACGCGAUCAAGUUUACAAUCUCAAUGUUUAUAUAAAAUCCUACGAUCUGAACGUCCAGAUAUCGAUUCAAAACGAUCUGAUUUAAUGAAAUUACAAGGAGAAUUCGCAGCAAAAUUACGUCAUUUAGAAGAUGAUCUACUUAAAGUAUUAAAUGAAUCCGAAGGAACUAUACUUGAUAAUGACAAAGUAAUUUCAACAUUGGAAAAAAUUAAAACGGAAGCAUCAGAAAUAAUGCAAAAAGUUGAAGAAACUGAUAUUAUUUUAAAUGAAGUUGAAAAAGUAUCACAAGAAUAUUUACCAAUGGGUAAAGCAUGUAGUAGUAUUUUCUUUACAUUAUCAUCAUUGUCAAUGAUUCAUUUUCUUUAUCAAUAUUCCUUAAGAUUUUUUAUGGAAAUAUUUGAACAUGUUCUUUAUCAUAAUAAACGUCUUGAAUCUAUAACUGAUCCAGUACAACGAUUAGAUAUUAUAUUAAAAAGUUUAUUUGAAACAAUAUUUAUUCGUGUUUCACGUGGCAUGUUACAUCGUGAUCGAAUAACAUUAGCUGUACAAUUAACAAGAAUUUAUUUAAAAAAUAUUAUUGGGUAUGUUAAUAUAUUUAAUUUUAAAAUUAAUUUCGUAUUUUCUAAUAGUAAUCAUAUGACAUUUGAAAAUGAAUUUUUUGAAAUGGCUCAAGCAUUAGAAGAAAAUUCUGAAAUGCUUCAUAUUCAAAAUAAAUUAUCUGAUCCACAAAAACGUGCAUUAUCACAUUUAACUACAAAUAUUUCAUCGUUUAAAAAUCUCGAACGACAUAUUGCAUCAAAUUCUGAUGCAUUUGAUAAAUGGUUAAAUAGUACUGAAAUAACAACACAAGUUCCUGUUGUUUGGGAAAACAGUAAUAAUAAUAUGAAUGCCAUAGCUACUGCUGUAUAUUCAAUGUUAUUAACUCGUGCUGUUCGACCUGAUCGUUUAAUAAUUGCCGCAAAAUCUUUUGUUGAUAGUGUUUUUGGAUGUGAAUUUGUUCAGAAAGCAGAUGCACUUUUGAAUUUAGAACAAAUUAUUAAUGAAGAAAUUCAAGGUCUAACACCUAUCCUACUUUGUUCUGUACCUGGUCAUGAUGCAUCGAAUCGUGUUGAAGAGUUAGCAAUAAAUCUAAAUAAAAAUUUAACUGCUAUUGCUAUUGUUAUUUGUCUAGGUUCUGCUGAAGGUUUUUCACUUGCCGAACAAGCAAUUAAUACAGCUACUAAACAAGGCAAUUGGGUUCUUUUAAAAAAUGUUCAUUUAGCCCCACAAUGGCUUAAAGAAUUAGAAAAGAAAUUGCAUUCAUUGAAACCUCAUGAAUCAUUUCGUUUGUUUUUAUCAACAGAAAUUCAUCCAAAACUUCCAACAAGUUUAUUACGUAUGGGUUUGUGUUUAGUAUUUGAACCAGCAACUGGCGUUCGUGCAAGUUUAAUGAGAACAUUAAAUGAAUUUUCUGAAAAUCGUAUGGAACGAAUACCACAUAUACGAACAAAAGCUUAUUUUCGACUUGCAUGGCUUCAUGCACUUGUUACAGAACGUUUACGUUAUACACCAUUAGGUUGGUCAAAAUAUUAUGAAAUUAAUGAAAGUGAUCUUCGUUUUGCUUGUGAUUCAAUUGAUCAAUGGAUUAGUAAUGAAGGACAAGAUAAUAUUGCUUGGGAUGCUCUUCAAUAUUUAAUUGCUUCAUGUAUUUAUGGUGGACGACUUGAUAAUCGAUUUGAUCAACGUCUUUUAGCUUCUUUUGUUACGAAAUUAUUUUGUCAAGAAAGUUUAAAUACUUCAUAUCCAUUAAUUAAAGAUGAUGUUUCUUCAUUAUUGAUACCAAUGCCUCAAGAUACAACUAAAAAUAAAUAUAUCGAAUGGAUUAAACAACUUCCAUCGAAUGAAAAAACAACAUGGCUUGGUUUGCCUGAUAAUGCUGAAAAAGUACUAUUGAUUAGUCAAGGUAGCAAGUUUGCAGUUGAUCUUUUAAAAUGUGAUCAAAGUGAUGAAACUACACUUGCUAUUGAUUUUGACGCUGGCGAACAUAAAGAAGAAGACGCUAGUACUGGACGUCCAGCAUGGAUGAUACAUGUACAACAUACAACAGAUACUUGGCUUAAAUCAUUACCAAAAACAUUAACUUCAAUAAAACGUACAUCAGAAAAUAUAAAAGAUCCAUUAUUUCGAUGUGUUGAACGUGAAGUUAAUUUUGCUGCUAAUCUUCUACGUUUAGUACGUCAGGAUCUAGCUGAUAUACAAGCCGUAUGUGAUGGAAGUAAAAAACAAACCAAUGAUACACGUGAUUUACUUAAUAAUUUAUCUAAAGGUAUUACACCAUCAACAUGGAAAAAAUAUCGUGUUCCACCACGUAUUAGUGCUAUGCAGUGGAUGUCAGAUUUUGUAGCACGUUUAAAACAACUCGAGAAAUUAGUAACAUUAACAAUAACCGAAAGUGUUCAAUCAUUACGUUAUGUACAAAUGUGGCUUGGUGGAUUAUUUACACCAGAAGCUUAUCUUACAGCAACACGUCAAUGUCUAAAAUUACAAGGUGCUUUAUGUCGUAAUAAUGCAUUAUUUUAUUCAAAUUCAAUCAUGGAUGAUAUUCCUCUUUUGGCAAUUGAAUGGAAAAUAUCAUCACAAAAAACGAAUGAUCAACAACAAGUAACUCUUCCAGUUUAUGGUAAUGGUCUUCGAACAGAAUUACUUUGUACCAUUAAUGUUAAAACUGGUCAAGCGAAUACUUCGGAAUAUAAUUUUUAUGAACGAGGUGUGGCUGUAUUGGCUUCAUUACUUGAAUAA